AAUACCAAUAAAGAUACUCAAAUCCAGAUCAUUGCGCUAAUUUCAGGUCUGUAGGCCACCAUCAUGCCUUUUUUUAAUAGGAACCUAUAAUUUUGAGCAUCACUCAACUAGUAGUAGGAAAUGCGUAACAGCAGGUUGAGCAAGAGGGUCCCCCCAGACUCUGAACAGCCCCCUCAGAUUUACCACAUUACAUUCAAGCACAUUCUUCACACUGUGUUACAGCGACAAAAAUCAACUAGCCAUUGAGGAGAAUAUUUUGCGUUUUGGCAGAGGGAAAAAAGAACCCCUGCUUCAAGGAGGAUGGAUUUUAUUUUGAGGUAUUUCCGUUGAUUGUUCAUUAAUGUGAUUAUAUCUGGAAUCGAGAUCCCCCGACGCGCGGGCUCUUCAGAGAGACUGAGUCACAACUAGGUCUACCCGAAGAGGCCAUUGGAGGAAAGGUGUCACAUGACAGAGUGGUGCCAAUGUUAUUCUAUAAGGGUGUCAAGACCCUGUCAGUUUGUGAAAUAAAUAUUGGGAAACAACGAGAUGCAAAAGGCCACUUACUACGACAGCUCUGCAAUAUACAGUGGCUACCCUUAUCAAGGAGCUAAUGGUUUCAGUUAUAAUGGCAAUCAGCAGCAAUACCCCCCUUCAUCUCAUGUGGAAAGUGGCUACCAUCGACCCGCUUGCUCUCUGCAGUCACCUGCCACUCCAAUUCCCCAUCAGAAACCCAAUGAUAUCACAGACAGUUGCAUGCGGACCAGUGGUAGCCAGGCCAGCCAACCAACGAUUAUACCGGAUAAACAGCAACAGCAGCAGCAACCUGCUCCCCAAGCUGCUCCCCCACCCCUGCCCCCUUCUGUCUCACCACCCCAAAACCCCAGCAACAGCACAAGCAAGAACCCCACGCAUACUUCACCGAAUGCUGCCACAAGCAAACACAUUUUCCCUUGGAUGAAGGACAGCCGACACAAUUCGAAACAGAAAAGCAGUAGUUCCAGUUCAGCUGAAAGUUGUGCUGGUGAUAAAAGUCCCCCUGGCUCGGCUGCUUCAAAGAGAGCCCGUACUGCAUAUACAAGCGCACAGCUGGUGGAGCUGGAGAAGGAGUUUCACUUUAACCGCUACCUUUGCAGGCCAAGGAGAGUCGAAAUGGCCAACUUGCUAAACCUCACAGAAAGACAAAUCAAAAUAUGGUUUCAGAACCGCAGGAUGAAGUACAAGAAGGAUCAGAAGGGGAAGGGGAUGAUGCCAUCUCCUGGAGGCCAGUCCCCCGGGAGUCCUGUGCACCAGUCUUCCACGGGAGGAUAUCUGAACUCUAUGCAUUCGCUAGUAAACAGUGUACCAUAUGAACCACAGUCUCCAACGGCUUACAGCAAACCUCAUCACAAUUCAUAUGCUCUUUCCACAUCAUAUCCAUCGCCUCUGAAUAGCUCUCUUAAUAAUUGCCAGCCUCCACAGAAGAGGUACACUGGAGCAGCUGCUGUUACGCCUGAAUAUGAUACUCACCUUCUUCAAGGCAAUGGUGGCUAUGGGACUCCUCAUUUGCAGGGAAGCCCAGUAUAUGUUGGAAGCAAUUAUGUUGAUGCCAUGGCUAAUUCUGGACCUUCCAUUUUUGGUUUGACACACCUCCCUCACUCAUCUGGCAACAUGGACUACAAUGGCGCUGGCACCAUACCCAGCAACCAUCACCAUGGACCUUGUGACCCUCACCCAACAUAUACUGAUCUCACUUCUCAUCAUUCGUCUCAGGGAAGGAUUCAGGAAGCGCCCAAAUUGACGCACCUGUAAUGGAGCAGUUAGCUGUGGGGAGAUAUCCUCUCCUUUUAUUCAUUACCUUACCUCUGAACCCACACUUUUUUGUAUUGACUAGCCUAUCUACAUUUAUAGUUUAUGUGUGAUGUUGUAGCAAUACUUUCUUGCUUGAAUUUCUCUAUAGCUUUGUUAGUGUUAACAAUUUCCUAUUUUAUUUUCUAUACUUUUAUCAAAACAGGGUAUUUGAACGCUUUUUCUAAAAUGUUUAAAUGUAAAUUUGUUCUUGAUUUAUUUAUCCAGUUGGAAGAAUAACUCUUUUGCACUUCCAGUUUUUAAAAAUGGCUAAAGAGCGCAUGAACAGGGUUUCACUAUAACUAUGGGAAUCAAGCCUUCCAGUGCGUGUAUUCCGAUGGAGAUUCACAUUUAUUUAUUUGUUCUUGAGAUAAUAGAAUAUUCUAAAUGAAUUGUUUACCCCCAUUCUGAUCAUAUUUAUAAAGAAAUGGUACAACUCAUAUUCUAGUUAGCCUCUUUGGCCUUGUUUUGAACACACGAUGAAUAUAAGACACCAUUCCCCAAGUACAUUUCAAAGAGAAACUUUUUUAAUGGUGUUUGAACAACAAUGGUGCAAUAAGACAGUACACAAUUCAGAAAUAAUAAUCUGGAAAAUGUUUGAUAUGGAACAUUCAAAUUUCUGUUUCAUUGUCAUACAUUCCAUACUGCUCUAAUUCUGACAAAUAAAUCAUAAAAAUUAAAAAAAAUACAUUGUGUAUGUAUUAAUAUGAGUUCUGAGUUUUUAACACUGGUGUGUGCACCAAAAUAAUAAUAAUGUUUUUGGUAUGUUUCAAUUUCAUCCUUUAUAAGUUUGUGUUGUGCUCUGAAAAUAAAUAGUAAUUUUAAAGUACAGAUGAACAGGAAACAGGUAACAUGUUAACAUAUUCAAAAGAGGAUUACAAUACACGAUCAGUGUUUGAUAAAAAAAAAGACAGAAAAAUGCUUUCAUUUCAAUACGUGUAUGUGUGUUGACGAGCAUGAUGUAAGCCGAAAGGUUGAACUGCUUCACAAGCUGUGUAAGCGCGCCAUGUUGGCUCCUUCUGUUUCUACCCCCGCACAGAAACAUCCAUCAAAAUGGAAAGGUUCUGCUGACAUCAAAGCUUCUCUAAAAAAAGAAAAAUGUAAAAAGGGGUCUGUUGUUUAGUUAUUCACAUUUACCUUUUGGUUUAAAUAAGUAGUUGAAAUUAUCUAAUUAUAGGAAGCUAAUGUUUAUACAUUAGUACAGUAGAACGAACCGUAUAUUUUCAAAUGCGCGCUUCAACAAGGAAUUUCAAAAUAAUUUAAUAUUAUUGCUCGACGGGACAAUCGCGGCUUAUGUGGAAGACUCUGUAUCCUAUGAUCCUAUGAACUAAACUGUCUUUCCAGUUUUGUUUUUGUUUUGUUUUUUUUUACCCGAUUGUUGGUUCGCAAUAUAUAGGUUAUGUAUAUUAGUUUGGGUCACCCAUUUCCUUUAUGAUUUUUGUGCUGCAUAUUGAAAGAAAAAAAAAGAACUGGCUUCAAUAAAUGUGAGCUAUCGUCUGCACUCGAAACAUGCAGUAAAAUACAAACAGGUACAAUUGCACAAAUAUAAUAAAUUACUAAGACAAUUGUUAGUCUACGUAUUUUAUAAUCGUUAUGUCUUUAAAAAAUGUAA